AUGGUCUUACUAUUUUCUAAAACAAAUGCUAAAAAUCGUAUCCGCCCAAUCUUAAACCCAACCCAGCCAACUUCGCAGGUCCCGUGCUGCACGUCAUGCUUCCGCUUCCCUUCGGAGGCCAUGGAAGACGUCGAAUUCACUAUCGACGAUGUUGAGAGAGUCCCCAUUGGCAACGACUUCUCCAUCACCGUCAAGGCAGUGAACAAGAGCGAGGUAAAUCGUACUGUGAAUAUUGUCAUGACAGCAGUCAGUACGUACUAUACCGGAGCCAAGGCCCAUGACAUUGCCCGUGCUGAGGGCAAGUUCAUCCUGAAGCCUUCAGAGAGUGAGUACUUUGAAGAUUGAGACA